UCUUUUCUUUUGCCAGCUCUUCGUCCUCUUCGUCCUCAUCCUUCCUCUCUUUUCGAUUUCGUGCUUGCUUCAGUAGCAUCCUCGGAAACGUAUUAAUAAACAAUGGGGUCCCAGUCUCUCCUCGGCGAUUUGCCAUCUUUCGAUCCGCACAAUUUCAGCCAGCUUCGGCCCUCCGAUCCUACUGCUCAGCCUUUGAAACUCACACCAGCCACUUAUCAUCCUACCCAUAGUAGGACCCUUCCUCCGCCUAAUCAAGUAAUAUCAACUGAAGCCCGGAACAUUCUUGUGAGACAAAUCUACAGCAAAUCUGAAGAUAAGUUGAGACCAAAGAGACCUGCGUCAGACCAUCUGACCCCUGAUCAUGGAUGCAAACAGCUGAGAGGUGCCGUCGAGGGCCCUUUCUAAUAUUCUUCUGUCUAUGUAUCGAUCAAAGUGAUUGGAGUAUUCUUGUUGUUUAUGUGCACUUACCAAGUUGUCCAUGUUCUUAUGUAGUGAAAAACCUCCCGUUAAAGAUACGUGUAAGCGUUUAAUUUCCUUUGUA